AUAUUAUUCACGAAUUUAGUGUAACGAGUAAUUUAUUUUUCAAUUCUGUAUAUUCAAUGUGAUGUGAUAAUUGAAAAUGUAGUGAAUAUAUAUAUUUGUUUUAUUAAUGUGUAAAUUAAUAAAGUGGCAUAAUGCGAAACACAUUGCCAAGAAUCAGCUUAUGAACUCAACAUGGUAUCCGCAACAUUUAGUUUACGAAUAUUUUUGGUGACAGGAUGGAUGUUUUUAGCAAGUGUAUUCGGAUAUUCAAAUCAUCCACCAGUAUUUGACCAAGAUAUGAACCAGCUGACUUUACUGGAGUCUACACCAGUGGGUUCUUUGGUAUAUACGUUAAAGGGUCAUGAUCCUGAAGGAUCGCCUGUGGUUUACGGUUUGCUUGGAACUGAACACUUUUCUGUGGAUCCGGAGUCUGGAGACGUAACUAUCAUCAAACAGUUGGACCGAGAAACUGAAGAUACGUUGAAAUUCUUUGUAACAUUGGAGGAUUUGAUACCCACAGAAACUGGUUCAUUCGGCAAAGUUCGAAAUAACUUUGUGAAAGUAGCUAUAUCUGUUAUUAUAUUGGAUGAUAACGACAACACACCAAGAUUUAUUAAUCUUCCAUACGAAGCAGAAGCAGCUGAAGAUGUGGCUAUUGGCACCACAGUUUUUUCUGGUAUCUUAGUAACUGAUCCUGACUCAGUUGGUGAAACACUUUCAGUCACAUGCAACUCUGAAAAUAAUCCUGAUGCUUGUAGUAAAUUUGAGGUUGUUACUAUAUCAGCAUCUCAAAGUGAAUUCAGAGGUGCUGUUAUCACGACAGAAUUGUUAAACUACGAUCAGAAUCAAAUACACCAAAUUGAAAUAAUUACUUCAGAUGGACUGUUCAAUAGCACAUCAGUCGUCGAACUGCGCGUUCAAGAUGUUCAAGACACUCCGCCUAUUUUUAUUGGAUCUCUGUCUGCUGUAUUAGCAGAAAAUGCCCCUAUUGGAACAUUGGUGAUGACAUUUUUAGCAAGAGAUGGAGAUAAAGGGUCACCGAGAGAAAUUAGAUACUCUCUCAUUAACAAUCCUUUUAAUUACUUCACAUUAGAUCCUAUGAAUGGAGAAUUGCGAACUGGUAGGCCUAUUGACAGGGAAAUUUUAUCAGAUGCUACGGGAGUUAUAUCAAUAGCUGUUCAGGCACAAGAAGUUAUUGGAUCAGCACCUGUAGAUUCAUCUGAUGCCGUUACUUCCGCGAUAGCCUUUAUAACAGUGAAAGAUGUUAAUGAUUCUCCGCCAAUAUUUAACCACGCCGAAUAUAGUAUUUCCAUUCCUGAAAACACACCUAUUGGAACACCUUUACCUAAUCUUGAUAUGUUUGUUCAUGAUCCUGAUGUGGGUCAAAAUGCAUUAUUCACAUUGCGCCUUGAAGAUGUGACUGGUGUUUUUGAAGUGGAACCUACUGAAGUUUCUGGAUCUUCAUCUGUCAGUAUUCGUCUGGCAAGAGGGUCUUUAGAUUAUGAAAAUCCUAAUCAACGGAAAUCUAUAGUUCUUGUGAUAGCGGAAGAAAUUGGCGGGACCGUAAAACAUUCUUCUACGGCUACACUUACAGUCACUAUGACUGAUACAAAUGACAACCAACCAAAAUUUGAAAAAGAUGAUUAUAGUGCCAGCAUCUCUGAGGACUUAUUGCCUGGUAGCUACGUGACGUCCGUCACAGCCAUGGAUUAUGACAGUGGAGUCUUUGGAAAGCAGGGUAUAGUUUAUCAAAUGUUUGGCAGCGGCGUGGAACUAUUUAAUGUUAACAGAAAAACGGGUGAAAUCACAGUUGCUCAAUGCGAGACACCUGGGGUUAAACCAUGUUUGGAUUUUGAGGAUAAGCAGAAAUAUUACCUAACCUUGAAAGCGACUGAUGACAAUGGUAAUGGGCUUAGUAGUGUGGUAUCACUAAUGAUAAAUUUGCUGGAUGCUAAUGACAACACGCCUGUAUGCCAUCCAGCAACUCAAAAUGUUAUUUUAGAUGAGGAUUCUAAAGAAUUUUCUAUUCCUCUUAUUGUUUUGGCUAAAGAUGAUGAUGUGACUUCUGAGAUAAAAUAUAAGCUGCAUACUAAAAAUAUGUCUGAUAUUUUUGCCGUAGACUCUUUUACUGGUGAAAUAAAAUUGAGGAAUGCAACAGCUAAUGGUCUGGCAAAUGCUUUUGGCGAAACGAAUAUUUUAGCUAUUGAAGCCAGUGAUGAAUUACAUUCAGCACUGUGUUUAGUGAAUUUUACUAUAAGAGAUGUCAAUAAUAAUGCACCAAUAUUUAUACAGAGUUACCAAGAAAUAGAUGUCCUAGAAAGUGUGGAAUUAAAAUCAGUGAUAACUAAGAUUACUGCAAAGGAUAAUGAUAAGGGUCGCAAUGCUGAAUUGUUUUAUGGAAUUCAAAAAGGAGGUCUGGAAGAUUUUGUUAUUGGAAAUAAUGACGGCAUAGUGACAGUAGCUAAAAAGCUUGAUUACGACAGAAGAAAAACAUACAAUAUAGAAAUUAUUGCAAAAGACUACGGAAGCCCCAGCCUUACAGGUACUGCAACUUUGGUAGUCAAUGUACUAAAUGUGAAUGAUAAAAGCCCAUAUUUUACUCCAACUAUACAGUAUAUUGAAGUGUUAGAAGACGUAAAUGUAGGAGAAGCGAUUUAUAAAUUAUCUGCAGAAGAUCCUGACCUUAAUUCAACUGAUUUUUUGAGUUUUUCUUUGGGAAGUUCGAUCACCGCCGUAGACAAAAAUGGAAAUCCAAUCACAAGCGAGGAAAAUUAUAAGGAUUUAUUCUCAGUCGAUGAAGCUACUGGAGUCGUUCGUACAACGCAAAAAUUACAACGUGAUUCUUAUGCAGUGCGAUUAACUGUGUUUGUUCAGGAUACAAGCGCCCCCACAUUACAAAUAGGAAAGGGAACAUUAGUUAUAUCAAUUGUUUUGUCAAAUAAAUAUCCGCCAGUUUUUCAGUAUUCCAAAAUGCAUCGGAACCAAUCGAGUUUUGUGCAAGUUUUAGAAGAACAGCCGAUAGGCACAGUGCUGGACACUUAUGUUGCAACAGAUGUAGAUUCAUCCAUAGCGCGGUACGAAAUAAUUCCAGAAAAUGCAUAUUUUGAAGUAGAAAAUACAACGGGUGUUAUUAAAAGCAAAAGAAGAAUAGAUUUUGAAAAAAUAAAAUCUAUAUAUUUUACAUUAAUAGCUAUUGAUGAUGGCAUUCCUCCUUUGAACACGAGUUUGCAAAUAUCUGUCACAGUGGUCAAUAUUAAUGACAAUAAGCCUAUUUUCAAUCAGAGUUCUUACUCAAUGCUCAUUCUGGAAAAUUCUUCACCUGGUACAGUGGUAGGACAAGUCUACGCCACGGAUGACGAUGAGGGCAUGUUUGGAGAUUUAACAUAUUCUCUACACGGCGAACCUAAUAACUAUUUCAUGAUCAAUGAAAUGAACGGGAUAGUAUAUGUUUCUAAUGCAACGACCAUAGACAGAGAAUUGCACACUGAAGUAAACCUAACAGUUAUAGCUUCUGAUAAUGCACCCGACGCCAUAAGAAAAACGGCAACUGCAAGUUUGUUGAUAAAAAUUUUAGAUGAAAAUGAUAAUGGACCAAUUUUUGAACAUCAUAUUUAUCAUGGCUCAGUAGAUGAAAACAUUGCUGUUUCUCCGCCUACAGCUAUUUUACAAGUUAACGCGCAGGAUCCAGAUUCUGGACUCAAUGGUACUGUCCAAUACAUGAUCAAAAGUGGGAAUGAAGAUGGAAAAUUUAAAUUAGAUCCUUCUACAGGAAUUCUUUAUCCAGCAAUGAGUUUAUUGAACCACACGGGUCAAUACAUUUUGAUUAUUGAAGCCAAAGAUUUAAAUGGCACAGGAGUAUACACUGCUUCUACAACAAUUUCGGUAUUUGUGGCUGGUAUAAAUAUUCAUAGACCUGUGUUUAUAAAUCCUCAGUUAGUAAACAGUACAGUGCAAAUACUGGAAAAUGCUGCUCUACCAGGUCAUGUGAUCAUGACUGUAAAAGCUGUCGAUUAUGAUUACGGUGACAAUGGUCGAGUGACAUAUCAUUUGAAGGUCAGCAACAACAAUGUCCAAGAAACAGAUCAUUUUAUAAUAGACAGUGUUACUGGAGAACUACGAAUAAAACAAUUUAUUGACCGUAAAAAGUCAUCUAUUUAUGAGUUGAUAUUAGUUGCCAAAGACCAAGCAAAUCAUCUAUCGCACGAGACGUUGAGAACUUUGACUGUUGUGAUUGUAGGCACUAAUAAAUACGAGCCAUCAUUUUUAGUCAAUUAUCAAUUUUAUUUGAAAGAAAAUUCUGAAAGAUAUACAAGAAUUGGAAAAGUACAAGCGAUAGAUCAAGAUGAUGAACCGCACGCUGUCAUAUAUUAUUAUAUUAUUUUGGGUAAUGGUAAUAACUCAUUCAAAAUUGACAAAAAAGAAGGCAUUUUAUAUACAAAUGCAGUCUUUGAUAGAGAAGAAAAAGAACUAUAUUCUUUGUAUAUACACGCAAGUAAUAAUGCUAAUCUCAAUAUAUCUGAAAGUAUGAGUCUUAUGAAAUCAGAUUCAGCAACUGAUAAAAGUUUGACAAAGGUUGAAAUAUAUAUUACCGAUGAAAAUGACAACCCGCCUGUGUUUAGUAAAUCUUUAUAUUAUGCAGGUAUAAACUCGUACGCUGUUCCUGGAGAUUCAGUUAUUUCGGUGAUUGCUACAGACCCUGAUCAAGGACUCAAUGGGACAUUGACUUACAGUUUAGAUGCCGUAAGACUCAAACGAACUAUUGCUAUGCCUUCUGAUGGCAAUCAGUCUCAAUUUAGUAGCACUAGUGCCAUUGGCGGAGCUCUAGUACCGCCGCCAUUUAUCAUAGCUGCAGACGGUAGAAUUUCGACAGCAGAGCAUAUGUUGGGGUACGACCAGGAACGUUUCUUGCUUGAAAUUUCUGCUCAAGAAGUAUCUGAGCCGAAUCGACGCGCAAAUGCAGUUGUGCAUGUCUGGGUAUACAAUCCAGAGCAAUUAAUACGAGUAAUAUUUUCACAACCUGCUGAUGAGAUCUACGCCCGCCAAGAAGAAAUAUUAACGGAAUUGUCGAAUAUAACUGGAAGACUAGUCGUUGUUGAUGAUAUAAGAUAUCAUGUUGAUUCUAUUGGUAAUGUGCGCGAUAACUGGUCUGAUAUGUAUCUUCACAUUGUCGAUCCGACGAGUCUACAAAUCGCACCAACCGGUGAUGUAUUACGGGAUAUAGAUGAGAAAUAUGAUCAACUGACUGACUAUUAUGCUGGUUAUGCCGUGGAAAACAUUGUUCCUGCAUUCAGAGAACGAUCUGAAAGGACUUUUGGCGCUGCGCUGGGUGCAGUAAUUGCAUUGACCGUGAUGCUUUUCAUCGGAGCUGUUGCUCUGUUGGUUGUUUGCUGCUCCUUAAAACAAUGGAAAUAUACAGCACCUGUAUACAGCUCAAAUGGAAUGGGAGAAUUGAUUGAAAAACAAAGCGUAGAAAGCAUCAACACUACAGAAAAUCCUUUGUGGAUGGAGCAGAAAUUGAAAUUGUAUGAAGAGCAAGAGUUAACAAUGCAAGUCUUUAGUGAUCCGGAAGUUCUUGCACCAGGAAAAGAAAUUGUUGAUGUAUUACAGAUUGACAAUACAUAUGCUACAAUAAAUCCACUGAUGAGGGGAACAUCAUUAAAUGCUUCAUUAGAUCUGAAUGAUGAUUAUGCAACAUUAAGCAGUAGCAUAUUUACCCCACAUAGAGUUCUUCAAGAAUUUUCUGCUGAAAACUGAAUGACACUUUUCAUUUUUCAUUCAAUACUACUGCUAAUGAAUGCAUGCGCUUGGGCUUUAAGAAUCAGUAUUAAAAUUUAAGUGAAAUCAUUAAAUUGAACUAUUACAGUCGAAGUGAAGGAAGUAGAAGUCGAGGAAUGCUUCAAAGCCAAGUAAUACCAGGCAAGGUAUUAGAAAGUAUGCCAAUAGCAUAAUUUAAUUUCUGUUUACUAAUGCUUUAACAAGA